AAGGCAGAUCCAGAAGAACUGUUUACAAAACUUGAGAAAAUUGGUAAGGGCUCUUUUGGUGAAGUUUUUAAAGGAAUUGACAAUCGGACUCAGAAGGUGGUUGCUAUAAAAAUUAUUGACCUAGAAGAAGCAGAAGAUGAAAUAGAAGACAUCCAACAAGAAAUCACAGUGCUGAGUCAGUGUGACAGUCCAUAUGUAACUAAAUAUUAUGGAUCCUAUUUAAAGGAUACAAAAUUAUGGAUAAUAAUGGAAUAUCUGGGUGGAGGCUCUGCCCUUGAUCUAUUAGAACCUGGCUCACUCGAUGAAACACAGAUUGCCACAAUAUUGAGGGAGAUACUAAAAGGACUUGAUUAUUUGCAUUCAGAAAAGAAAAUCCACAGAGAUAUUAAAGCUGCUAAUGUAUUGCUGUCUGAACAAGGAGAAGUAAAACUAGCAGAUUUUGGAGUAGCAGGACAACUAACGGAUACACAGAUAAAGAGGAAUACCUUUGUGGGAACACCAUUUUGGAUGGCACCUGAAGUAAUAAAGCAAUCAGCAUAUGAUUCGAAGGCAGAUAUCUGGUCGUUAGGCAUAACAGCCAUAGAACUUGCAAAAGGAGAGCCACCUCAUUCAGAAUUACAUCCAAUGAAGGUUUUGUUCCUCAUUCCUAAGAACAAUCCACCAACACUCGAAGGAAACUUCAGUAAAUCCCUCAAAGAAUUUGUUGAGGCCUGCUUAAACAAGGACCCAAGCUUUAGACCUACUGCAAAAGAGCUCUUAAAACACAAAUUUAUUUUACGAAACUCAAAGAAAACUUCCUACCUGACUGACCUUAUUGAUAGGCACAAGAGAUGGAAGUCUGAACAAAGUCAUGACGACUCCAGUUCUGAUGACUCAGAUACUGAACCAGAUGGCCAGGCUUCUGGUGGGAGUGAUUCAGGAGAGUGGAUCUUUACAAUAAGAGAAAAAGACCCCAAGAAUCUAGAGAAUGGAGCAGCCCAGCCUUUGGAGUUGCAAAGAAAUAAGGAAAAGGAUAUCCCAAAGAGGCCUCUAUCCCAAUGCCUGUCUACAGUUAUAUCCCCUUUAUUUGCAGAGUUGAAAGAGAAGAGUGAAGUGUGUGGUGGUAACACAGAUUCCAUAGAAGAACUGAGAAAGGCUAUUUAUUUAGCUGAAGAGGCUUGCCCAGGCAUUGCAGAUAACAUGGUGUCACACCUUGUGCAGAGGCUUGAGAGAUAUUCACUCGCGGGAGGAAGUACUUCAUCCUACUGACGUGCUGUUCCUGAUUUUUCUAAGACAACAGAGAUCCCGCGCUGUCCGCAUUGAAGGCGCGCACCCUAAUGUUGUUCUGCCCCUCGGUCACUGGAAUGUCCCUUGGUGGAAGGACGUUCCUAAAUGUGCAAGAGUGAAAACGAAGUCUUUCAGAUGGAGGCAGUCUUUUUCAGCUCCUUAAAGCUAUAUAUUUUUUUUUUUAAUGAUAAUGCACAUAUUCCAGGGAGGUGUCUUUUUUGUAAAAUCUGAAAUGUAUAUUUAGGUUUGUGAUAGAAAAAUUGAAGAUAUUGAGAAACCUCAGGUAUCUUGCUUUAAGAAUUCCACUGGGAGACGGAGUAUGUUUGUUGGAAUUGUGUACAGAUAUGUAUAUAAUGUCUUUUUUUAACUGAAAGCCUUUCAAUGUGCAUAAGGAAUCACUGUGUACAAAAUGGUAAAGUGCUUCUGUAGAUAAUGUUAGUGGGGUAAAUAUUUGACAGGCCAUAACUGAGUAUUGCCUUGCCUUUAUUACGUGUAAAUUUUGACUUGCGUGAUAAGUGAAUUUUGGUUUGACUUUUGUAUGUGAUGGAUUUGCCAUUGAGAGAGUUAAUCCUGUACUACGGAACCUUCUAUUCGUACCUCAGCAAAGACACAGUUUUAUUCUGUUUCUCCAGUAUUUCUUCCUUUCUAUCUAUAUUCUGAGCGUGACUUUCUAAUUACGGUACUACUUCUGGUUAUUUUAAAUUUAAUACACCUUGUCUCUCAAAGCUUUAAAUUUAAAUUAUUGUUUUUCCUAAAGAAUGAGGUCUUUCAUAUUUUCAGUUUUAAAUUGUGCCAAUGCAAAUUCUGGACCCUAUGUGUUGUUCAAUUUUAGUAAUAGAUAUUUGUGAAGCUUGUACUGAAAUUCAGAUGCAGUCCUUUUUUCACCUAAACACGUUUGAAUGCUCACGCAAAUAAAU